AUGUCAGAAGACCUUGCUAAGCAGUUAGCUAGCUACAAAGCUCAGCUUCAGCAAGUUGAGGCUGCCCUAUCUGGGAAUGCGGAAAAUGAAGAUUUACUAAAACUGAAGAAAGACUUACAGGAAGUCAUAGAAUUAACCAAAGAUCUUCUUUCAACACAACCUUCAGAAACUCUUGCAAGUUCUGACAGUUCUGCUUCUGCUCUGCCCAGUCACUCCUGGAAGGUUGGGGAUAGGUGUAUGGCGAUAUGGAGUGAGGAUGGACAGUGUUAUGAAGCUGAGAUUGAAGAAAUAGAUGAGGAGAAUGGAACAGCUGCGGUCACAUUUGCUGGAUAUGGCAAUGCUGAAGUUACACCUCUGUUCAACCUCAAGCCUGUGGAAGAGGGGAGAAAAGCAAAAGAGGACAGUGGCAACAAACCCAUGUCCAAAAAAGAGAUGAUAGCCCAGCAACGAGAGUAUAAAAAGAAGAAAGCUUUGAAAAAAGCUCAGAGAAUUAAAGAACUUGAACAGGAACGAGAGGACCAGAAAGUCAAGUGGCAACAGUUUAACAACAGAGCCUAUUCUAAAAACAAAAAAGGCCAGGUAAAGAGGAGUAUUUUUGCUUCCCCUGAGAGCGUAACUGGCAAGGUUGGAGUUGGAACAUGUGGAAUUGCAGACAAACCUAUGACACAGUAUCAAGAUACCUCUAAAUAUAAUGUCAGGCAUCUGAUGCCUCAGUAACAGGGGAAAAAGGUGGAACUCCAUCUCUGCAGGGCUUUACACUUAUCUUUUUAUCAUUAUAUUUUUCUAAAAGUAAAUUAUUUGUUGGCACAUAGCGAGUAGUCCAUUUUGUCACCAUCACUUUGGCUUCAGCUGAUAUGAGCCUUAAAUCUCCAGCUAUUGAUUUGACCUCCCUAAUCAUUAAAACUUUUUGUAGUUGCAUUAAAAUACGUUCUGCGGGUAAAUGCUUUCAUGAACUGCUGUUACCUGUUACUCUGAAAGCAGUAGUUAUCUGCAGCUUUGAUCUCUGGAAUCUUCCAUUCAUACUAGUAGUGAAGUUUUUUUUUUUUCCUUAAGAAAAGUGGUGGUAUAAAAAUGGCACCUUAACAGCCUCCCUCGUUUCUGUAGUCACAGUGCUGCCUGUGCUGCCUCAGCGACAAGCUCAGCAUUACAGAGCUGGCUCGCUGCAGCUCUGCGAGAGAGAGCUGGACUCCAUCACAGCUUAUACGUCACGUGGAAUUGCUGAGGAAGUUCUAAGUUACUCCCUUACGAAUCCACUGAAGAUCAAUUUGUACAGCUGUAAAUGAGGGCAGAACAGGGCUGAUAGGAUCUUUAUUACUAAUUGACGAUUCACGUGCUAGAAACAAUAAAUCUGACUUUAAUUCCAGUCUGAAUUUCCCGUGCUAGAAGUUAAGCAAAGGAGAUUCUUUUUUUUAAAUACUCAUCGAAUUUUAA